UAGCUUGGUGCCCCAAAAGUCCCCUCCCCCAAAUGGAGAAGAAAACAGAUGAAGAAGAAACGAGAGGUUAAAGAUGAUAACGAAGAAAAAGAGGAGAAGAAGGUAGUAGAGCUGAUGAAAGCAGCAGCACAGGCUUGGCUCAGCCACUCCCAAACCUCUAAAAGCACCGUUCUGGAGUUCGAGGCACGAAGAAAGCAUGCUUUUGUCAAAGGUAAACCUUCACGUUUCAAAAUGGAGGCCUUAUCCACUACAAAGAAGCAUCAUCAUCCUUCGUUUUUGGAUUGGGAGUAUGGACAGUCCUUGUGGGAUUCUUACGAGAUUCUUUCCGUCUCUAAGAAAUUGGAACGAGCACUCACCUUAGAAGAGCAUACUUUCUCUGCGGAUAAGGCCAUCAAGAAGAAGAAUAGGGACAGCCGAAACAGCCUUAGGAGUUUGUUUAGUCGUUCCUCGAAGAGAUUUUAAAGUAACCCAUGAUGCUACUAUUACUUCUUCAAACUUGUAAACGUUAUCUAAAAAAAAAAGAAAAACUUGUAAACGAA